ACGCAUGAGGGGUCUUGAAAGAGGCAUCCCGCACAUUUGAAUCCGUGAUGUCCUGCUCCAAGGAGGCAUCAAAUGGCCAUUUUGGUAAACCUUAUGGCAUCAACUAUCCUACUACUCGGUAUACUCAUAAGCUUUUUCGUUUCCACAGAUGCACAAUCCGUUGGUGUGUGCUAUGGAGAAUUCGGCAAUAGCUUGCCCUCCCAACAAUAUGUGGUGAACCUUUACACAACCAACGGCAUAACCAGGAUGCGAAUCUAUGCUCCGAAUCCAGCUACCCUUGGGGCCCUAGGGGAAACCGAUAUAGAACUCAUUCUCGACGUCCCAAAUGGUUCUCUCGAGUCCCUCACCGAUCCCAAUGCCGCGACCACUUGGGUUAGAGACAACGUCUUAAGUUACCCUGAUGUCAACUUUCGAUACAUCGCUGUGGGGAAUGAAGUCGAUCCAAAUAACGAUAACACUCGCGGGUUCGCCAGUUUUGUGCUUCCGGCAAUGAACAAUGUUCACAACGCCCUUCGAGCCGUGGGCCUCGACGAAGAUAUCAAGGUCUCGACCGCAACCUACACUGGCCUAUUAAAAAAAUCAUAUCCACCUAGUGAAGGUGUAUUUGAUGACAAUGUGUUGAGUUUUAUCAAACCAAUAAUCACAUUUCUAGCCCAAAAUGGUUCACCAAUGCUUGCUAAUAUCUACCCUUACUUUGCUCAUGUUGGUCCCCCUAUGUUGCCUGAUCUCUCAUUUGCAUUAUUUACCAAAUCAACACCCGCUUAUAGCGAUCAAGGUCGACCGUACUUUAACCUUUUUGACGCCAUGUAUGAUGCUCAUUAUGCGGCUCAAUCGCGUCUUGGUGGAGGCAAUGUUGAGAUCGUUGUGUCGGAGAGUGGAUGGCCAUCAGCCGAAGGAGAUGUAGCGACAACUGAAAACGCGGGAACUUACUAUAGAAACUUGAUUUCACAUGUGAAAAGUUCGUCAGGGACGCCUGCGAGACCUGGAAGAUCUAUAGAGACGUAUUUGUUUGCAAUGUUUGAUGAAAACUUGAAACCAGGAAAAGAGACUGAGAAGCAUUUUGGAGUUUUCUUGCCUGAUCAAAGACCAAAAUAUCAACUAAGCUUUUGA